UCACUAAAACAAUACAGAAAUACAUUAUGGAAAAAGAAAGAACAGCAAGUGAGAAAUCAGCUCAAUGUAAUUGAAGAAACCAUAAAAUCCAUGUAAUCAAACGUGUGGUUAAAAUUGGCAAAAAACACACACAUUUCUUUCCACAGAGAUGAGGGGUGAGACAGGGAUGCAGCUUAAGCCCUCUGCAACAUUUAUAUCAACGAAUUGGCGAGUGCACUAGAACAGUCUACUGAUGAUCUGGUGCUUCUGUCAUCAACGAAAGAGGGCCUACAGCAGCACCUAGAUCUUCUGCACAGAUUCUGCCAGACCUGUGCCCUGACAGUAAAUCUCAGUAAGACAAAAAUAACGGUGAUCCAAAAAAGGUCCAGUUCCCAGGACCACGAAUACAAAUUCCAUCUAGACACCGUUGCCCUAGAGCACACAAAAAACGAUACAUACCUCAGCCUAAACAUCAGCGCCACAUGUAACUUCCACAAAGCUGUGAACAAACUGAGAGACAAGGCAAGAAGGGCCUUCUAUGUCAUCAAAAGGAACAUCAAAUUCGACAUACCAAUUAGGAUCUGGCUAAAAGUACUUGAAUCAGUCAUAGAGCCCAUUGCCCUUUAUGGUUGUGAGGUCUGGGGUCCGCUCACCAACCAAGAAUUCACAAAAUGGGACAAACACCAAAUCAUGUACAACGUAAAACACCAAUAAUGCAUGCAGAGCAGAAUUAGGCCGAUACCCCCUGAUUAUCAAAAUCCAGAAAAGAGACGUUCAAUUCUACAACCACCUAAAAGGAAGCGAUUCCCAAACCUUCCAUAACAAAGCCAUCCCCUAAGCAAGCUGGUCCUGGGGCUCUUUUCACAAACACAAACAGACCCCACAGAGCCCCAGGACAGCAACACAAUUAGACCCAACCAAAUCAUGAGAAAACAAAAUGAUAAUUACUUGACACAUUGGAAAGAAUUCACCAAAAAACAGAGCAAACUAGAAUGCUAUUUGACCCUAAACAGAGAGUACACAGUGGCAGAAUACCUGACCACUUUUGUUCAUCCAUUUCACUUGAUUUGACCGGGCUGUUAUGUGACGUGACUCCAAAGAAAAGCCUGUAAGAUCCGCUGCUCUGAGCAUUGUGUAUGGACAUUGGGCACACUUACACACACACACAGGAAGAGAGAUAUAGGGAGGCAAGGAGAGGCUGUGUCCCAUUUCAGAGAGGGCACAGGAAGUAGGACAGCUAAUAUAACGAUAAAGAGAGAGAGAGGAGAUAGAGAGGGAGCAAAAGGAAAACCAGAGAGAGAGAAGGGAGAGAAGGGAGAGUGUGUGAGAGAAGGGAGAGAAGGCGGACAGAGAGAGAAGGGAGAGUGUGUGAGAGAAGGGAGAGAAAGUGGAGAUAGAGAGAAGGGAGAGUGUGUGAGAGAAGGGAGAGAAGGUGGAGAGAGAGAAGGGAGAGUGUGAGAGAGAAGGGAGAGAAGGUGGAGAGAGAGAAGGGAGAGAAGGUGGAGAGAGAGAGAAGGGAGAGAAGGUGGAGAGAGAGAGAAGGGAGAGUGUGUGAGAGAAGGGAGAGAAGGUGGAGAGAGAGAAGGGAGAGAAGGUGGAGAGAGAGAAGGGAGAGUGUGAGAGAGAAGGGAGAGAAGGUGGAGAGAGAGAAGGGAGAGAAGGUGGAGAGAGAGAGAAGGGAGAAGGGAGAGUGUGAGAGCAUUGUGUCACUGAUUCUCCGCCCCUCGCCUCGAAGCAGCAGCAGCAUAAAGAGAGGGGGAGAGAGAGAGGAGGAAGAGAGCCACAAGGAAAACAGAGAGAAGGAGGAAGAGAGCCACAAGGAAAACAGAGAGAAGGAGGAAGAGAGCCAGAAAGAAAACAAUCAGAAGGAGCAAGCACUCGGCAGUGGGAAGGGAAAAUGGAGUUUUGAGAAAGACCUCCUCCGGUCAUUCCUUGUUUUAUUCUCUCUGGCACAACCAGUCUCUCCCUCUCUCUGUUUAUCUGCCAGCCUUGUACAAUUGUUCUGAGGAAUUCUGACCAUGCCUGUUCUAAUCUGAUGCCGAGGCUGAAGGAGUCUCGCAGCCACGAGUCGUUGCUCAGCCCCAGUAGUGCUGUGGAGGCCCUAGACCUCAGUAUGGAGGACGAGGUGCUCAUCAAACCUGUUCACAGCUCCAUCCUCGGACAGGACUACUGCUUCCAGGUCACCACCUCAACAGGAAGUAAAUGUUUCUCCUGUCGAUCUUCAUCAGAGAGGGACAAGUGGAUGGAGAACCUGAGGAGAGCCGUCCACCCCAACAAGGACAACAGCCGUCGGGUGGAGAACAUGCUGAAGCUGUGGAUCAUCGAAGCCAAGGACAUUCCGGCCAAGAAGAAGUACUUCUGCGAGCUGUGUUUGGACGACACCCUGUACGCCCGCACCACCUGCAAGCUCAAGACCGACAACGUCUUCUGGGGCGAGCACUUUGAGUUCAACAACCUCCCGGCUGCCAAGAGCAUCACGGUCCACCUCUACAAGGACUCGGACAAGAAGAAGAAAAAAGACAAGAACAAUUACAUCGGACUGGUCAACAUCCCAGUCCCCGCGGUGACGGGGAGGCAGUUCAUGGAGAAGUGGUACCCUGUAAGCACUCCGACGCCCAACAAAGGGAAGACGCCAGGGCCCAUGAUCCGGAUCAAGGCCCGCUACCAGAGCAUGAACAUCCUACCUAUGGAGAUGUAUAAGGAGUUUGCAGAGUACACCACCAAUAACUACAUGUUGCUGUGCUCUGUGCUGGAGCCUGGCAUCAGUGUGAAGAACAAGGAGGAGAUGGCUUCUGCACUGGUCCAUAUUCUACAGAGCACCGGCAAGGCCAAGGACUUCCUGACAGACCUGAUGAUGUCAGAGGUGGACCGGUGUGGGGAGAACGAGCACCUGAUCUUCCGAGAGAACACCCUGGCCACCAAGGCUAUAGAGGAGUUCCUCAAACUAGUGGGGCAGAAGUACCUACAGGAUGCACUCGGUGAGUUUAUCAAGGCAUUGUAUGAGUCAGAUGAGAACUGUGAGGUGGACCCGUCCAAGUGUUCGUCCAAUGACCUGCAGGAGCACCAGAGCAACCUGAAGAUGUGCUGUGAGCUGGCCUUCUGCAAGAUCAUCAACUCCUACUGUGUGUUUCCACGGGAACUCAAGGAGGUGUUUGCAUCGUGGCGACAGGAGUGCAGUAGCCGGGGGCGGCCGGACAUCAGCGAGCGUCUGAUCAGCGCGUCUCUGUUCCUGCGCUUCCUGUGUCCGGCCGUUAUGUCCCCGUCACUUUUCAACCUGAUGCAGGAAUACCCUGAUGACCGCACCGCACGUACACUCACACUCAUCGCCAAGGUCACGCAGAACCUGGCCAAUUUCGCCAAGUUUGGCAGUAAGGAGGAGUACAUGUCCUUUAUGAACCAGUUCCUGGAACAUGAGUGGACCAACAUGCAGCGCUUCCUGCUGGAGAUCUCUAACCCGGAGACCAUCUCUAACACAGCAGGGUUCGAAGGUUACAUAGACCUGGGACGGGAGCUGUCCACCCUGCACAACCUGCUGUCAGAGGUCGUCUCUACCAUGGACCAGAGCUCCGCCUCCAAGCUAGGCCCCCUACCCAGGAUCCUCCGGGAGGUGAACACAGCGCUGACCAACCCGUCCAGCAUGACCAUGAACAUGACCGCUCCGUCCUCCUCUGACCGUAUGGGGUCACCGCCCAACGCCGGGGCAGGCUGCAGCAUCUCCACCGGCCUGCAGAAGAUGGUCAUCGACAAUGACCUUUCAGGGUUAGUGGACUUCACCCGGUUACCAUCCCCCACCCCGGAGAACAAGGAACUCUUCUUUGUCACCAGGAAUGCUGGGAUCCAGCCCACCCCGGCCCGCAGCUCUAGCUACUCUGAAUCCAAUGAGCCCGACCUGGGCAUAGCCAACGGCAGCAAGAGCCUGUCCAUGGUGGACCUCCAGGACCCCCGCAGCUUAGAGAGUGGCCCAGGCCCUGGCCCCUCAGACGGCCUGGGAGAGGGCAUCGUUCCUGGGGGAGUGUGGUCGGCCCGAACCCCCCAGGGGAACAUCACUGGAGGUCCUACUCUGAGAAGGCCCGUCCAGACCCCCACCACCCCCGGAUCGGAGAGCGCACCAGGCAGACCUGCUCAGCUUCUAGCUCCCCUGUCCUUCCAGAACCCUGUCUACCAGAUGGCGGCAGGGCUGCCCUUGUCGCCGCGGGGCCUGGCCGACUCGGGUUCUGAGGGCCACAGCUCCCACAGUUCCCAUAGCAACAAUGAGGAUGGGCCAGGAGCAGGAGGGGGGAUACACAACUCCUUCCUGAACCAUGGAUUAGGAGUUGGGGGGAGCAGCGUGGAGGAGUAUGCCCGUCGUUCGGGGGAGUACAUAGGCACGCGGAGGCAGCUGUCACUCACAGAGGCCCAGCACCAGCCCACCGUGCCCAGACAAAAUAGCGCCGGUCCCCAGCGCAGGAUAGACCAGCCCCCUCCACAGACCACCGUCACCAGGGGCCGCACGCCCCCAAACCUGCUCAACAGCGGGCCCUACCCGCGCCCCUCCAGCAGCAGCAUGAUGUCAUCCCCCGACUGGCCCGGCAACGGGGCGCGGCUACGGCAACAGUCAUCGUCAUCAAAAGGAGACAGCCCAGAGACCAAGCAGAGAGCCCAGCACAAACAGGCCCCCUCCCCAGUGAAGCCCAAUGCGCUGGACCGUACGGCUGCCUGGCUGUUGAAUAUGAAUGUUCAGUAUGUAGACCAUGAGGGGAUGGACCCCGAGUCCAGAAACAGAGAGGAUCUCACUCAGGCCGAGAAGUACCAGCAGGAGAUCGUGGUCCUCCAGGAGAAGCUGCGUGUGUCGGUCCAGAAGCUGGAGGAGUAUGAGGCUCGUCUGAAGGGUCAGGACGACGGUGCUCAAAAGGUUCUGAUGGAGUACCAGGCACGGCUGGAGGAGUCUGAGGAACGCCUGAGACGACAGCAGGAUGACAAGGACCUCCAGAUGAAGGGUAUUAUAAGCAGGUUAAUGUCGGUGGAAGAGGAGCUGAAGAAAGAUCACAAUGACAUGCAGGCUGUGGUUGACUCCAAACAGAAGAUCAUUGAUGCACAGGAGAAACGUAUAGCGUCUCUGGACACGGCCAACGCCCGUCUGAUGAGUGCCCUGACCCAGCUGAAGGAGCGCUACAGCAUGCAGACCCGUAACGGCAUCUCCCCCACCAACCCCACCAAGCUCCAGAUCACUGAGAAUGGAGAGUUCAGGAACAGCAGCAACUGCUAGAGUCAGAGAGAGGGUGUGUGUGUGUGUGUGUGUGUGUGUGUGUGUGUGUGUGUGUGUGUGUGUGUGUGUGUGUGUGUGUGUGUGUGUGUGUGUGUGUGUGUGUGUGUGUGUGUGUGUGUGUGUGUGUGUGUGUGUGUGUGUGUGUGUGUGUGUGUGUGUGUGUGUUGUCUGGUGCUUGUAGAGGACACUUCCUUAUAUGGACACUACAUGGUGAGGAGAAUGUGAGUGAGGAGACCACUGCCAGGGGCCAAGCGAGGAGGCGGGACUUCAGUUUGACAGACAGCAGACCAGGAAAGAGACAGCGAAUCAAUGGACAGAGCUGAACACCAGAUGGGCCCUGCAGAGGAGAAGCCGGGACAAGCUGUAGAUAUGAACUGAACUCUCCGUCAAUCAAUCGACUUGGAUGUUUCCAUUGGAUGUAUGCAGUUGCUGGGACAAUUUCAGGCUCUGUUCCCUAAAGCUUGGGUCAAACCACUAUAUAAUCAACACAUUGUCUGUCAGAUAGUCACCCAAAACCUCUUUACUCUUCUCUCCUCUUCUCUUCUUCUCUGUUUUCCUUUCCUCUCCUGACCUCCUCUCUUCUUGGUUUAUUUAGAUCUUAUCUCAUUCUUUUAAAAACCAAAUAGGAGCUUUGACAUAUUUUUUGUCCAAACUGAUCUUUAAUUUUAAGUCCUUGAGUGUGUUCCAAAGUGCCCCACUAUCCCCUACCCCCAUGUCCCCUACAUAGUGCACUUUGUGAAAGUUAUUGGUACAUGAAACGCCUUAAGUAAGGAACCCACCUCUACUUUUUCCUUCAGCCCCCUUCUUCCUGCCAUAAAAGGCACAACUUAUAAUACUGUGGAUUUGUAAAGGAAUAAAUAUAUUGUAUAAAUACAUCACGUAAUGUAUUAUAAACCCACAAUAAUUAACUAUAUGUGAGACUAUAUUAAUGAUAUUUAAUAUAGAUGUAUGCAUAUUUAUUUUUUUCCUCUAUAAAGUAUACAUGAGAUAUAGUUAUAUUUGAAAGACUGCAGCUGUACUGUGUAUUAUAGGGCAUAGGGGGAGAGGCUGCACACUAUGCAGUGAGUAGCACCAUCAACAGAUUAAAUAGUUAGAAUGCUAUUUUAUUUCUUCUUAACCUUUAGUUUAUCCAGGUUUUCUAGACAGACCUGGUUGGGUCAAGGUUUGCUUUAGUGCUUCAUCAUUAAUGUUGAAUCAACGUUGAAACAAUGUUGUAUGUUGGUUGUGUGUCCCUCUGCAUUUGGAGGUAUAGGACUGGCUCAUUGUAAUGGCUGGAAUGGAAUGAAUGGAGUGAAACAUGGUAUCAAACACAUGGCAACCACAUGUUUGACUCCAUUCCAAAACUCCAUUCCAGCCAUUACAAUGAGCCUGUCCUCCUAUAGCUCCUCCCACCAGCCAUGGUUGGUCUCAUAGACCCUGUAGUACAAGGAGAGAGAGAGUUGUGUUGUUUAACACAACAUUAUACUAUACACUGGACUGGUGUCGGUCACGUGACCUCACAGAUUAGAAUAUUACUUUUUCUUAAAACUCUUAAGUAAGAAUGUUACUCUUAAAACUCCUGUUAGCUAAUUAAUGUCAAUGAAGCAUGCUGCAUCGAGACUGUGACCCCCACUUCGCUUUCAAGCAUCUCUCUCCUCUAUUUCUCUCCCCUUCUUCAUUCCCUCUCUCCCUCUCUCUCUCUCUUCUGAAUGUGAAGAUGCUACUCAAACGCAGUUGGUCUAAAUAUUGGGUGUAUAAGUCCUUCUGAAUGAUCCUAUAGCUGCUGUUCGGCUCGCCCCCACCAGACAUUUCAGCAUCUAUAUUUGGUAUAUUUUUCUAUUCCUUUUUCUUACCUUUACAGAUGAAUUAAUAAGAGUGAUGAAAUCUGCAUGCUUCAUUUUGGUGCUAUAACCAAUGGUAGCGCCAGACUGUCAGCUUUUGUUUUCGGUUGCCAAUAUAGGAAGAUGAUAAACUUCUGUUUUUAUGAGUUGCUACAGAAAUAAACAUAUAUUAUAUGUGAUUAUAUAUCCUAUUAUAUACAGUUUCCAGUCAAAAGUUUGGGACACACCUACUUAUUCAAGGAUUUUUUUAUUUUUAUUUUUUUACUAUUUUCUACAUUGUAGAAUAAUAGUGAAGACAUCGAAACUAUGAAAUAACACAUAUGGAAUCAUGUAGUAACCAAAAAAGUGUUAAACAAAUCUAAAUAUAUUAAGUAGCCACCCUUUGCCUUGAUGACAGCUUUGCACACUCUUGGCAUUCUCUCAACCAGCGUCAUGAGGAAGUCACCUGGAAUGCAUUUCAAUUAACAAGUGUGCCUUGUUAACUCUUAUGGCUGCAGGGGCAGUAUUGAGUAGCUUGGAUGAAAGGUGCACAGAGGUGCCCAGAGUAAACGGCCUGCUCCUCAGUCAUAUUUGCUAAUAUAUGCAUAUUAUUAUUAGUAUUGGAUGGAAAACACUCUGAAGUUUCUAAAACUGUUUGAAUUAUGUCUGUGAGUAUAACAGAACUCAUAUGGCAGGAAAAAACCUGAGAAGAAAUCCAAACAGGAAGUGGAAAUUCUGAGGCUGGUGGAUUUUCAACCAAGCUCCCAUUGGAAUCCCAGCGAGAUAUGGAUGACUUCCUACAGCUUCCACUAGAUGUCAACAGUCUGUAGAACUUUGUCUGAUGACUCUACUGUGAAGGGGGGCCGGAUGAGAGGAGAAUUAGUCACCACUGACAUGAGGUGACCAUGCGCGUUCACAUAAGAGGGAGCUCCGUUCCAUCGCUCAUCUGAAGUCAAUGUAAUUCUCCAGUUGGAACGUUAUUCAAGAUUUAUGUUAACAACAUUCUAAAGAUUGAUUCAAUAUAUUGUUUGACAUGUUUCUACUGACUGGAACUUUUGGACAUUUCGUCACGUUUUAGUGAACGCGCUUUGUGACUUUGGAAUUGUUUACCAAACGCACUAACCAAAGUAGCUAAUUGGACAUAAAUAACGGACAUUAUCGAACAAAUCAAGCAUUUAUUGUGGACCUGGGAUUCCUGGGAGUGCAUUCUGAUGAAGAUCAUCAAAGGUAAGGGAAUAUUUAUCAUGUAAUUUCUGGUUUCUGUUAACUCCAACAUGGCGGAUAAUUUGACUAUAGUUCUGAAUGCCGUCUCAGAUUAUUGCAUGGUUUGCUUUUUCCGUAAAGUUUUUUUGAAAUCUGACACAGCGGUUGCAUUAAGGAGAGGUAUAUCUAUAAUUCCAUGUGUAUAACUUGUAUUAUCAUCUACAUUUAUGAUGAGUAUUUCUGUUGAAUAGAUGUGGCUAUGCACUAUCACUGGAUGUUUUUGGAACUAGUGAACGUAACACGCCAAUGUAAACUCAGAUUUUUUUAUAUAAAUAUGAACUUUAUCAAACAAAACAUACAUGUAUUGUGUAACAUCAAAUCCAAUCAAGUUCAUUUUAUAUAGCCCUUCGUACAUCAGCUAAUAUCUCGAAGUGCUGUACAGAAACCCAGCCUAAAACCCCAAACAGCAAGCAAUGCAGGUGUAGAAGCACGGUGGCUAGGAAAAACUCCCUAGAAAGGCCAAAACCUAGGAAGAAACCUAGAGAGGAACCAGGCUAUGAGGGGUGGCCAGUCCUCUUCUGGCUGUGCCGGGUGGAGAGUAUAACAGAACAUGGCCAAGAUGUUCAAAAUGUUCAUAAGUGACAAGCAUGGUCAAAUAAUAAUCAGGAAUAAAUGUCAGUUGGCUUUUCAUAGCCGAUCAUUGAGAGUUGAAAACAGCAGGUCUGGGACAAGUAGGGGUUCCAUAACCGCAGGCAGAACAGUUGAAACUGGAAUAGCAGCAAGGCCAGGUGGACUGGGGACAGCAAGGAGUCAUCAUGCCCGGUAGUCCUGAUGUAUGGUCCUAGGGCUCAGGUCCUCCGAGAGAGAGAAAGAAAGAGACAAGGAGAGAAUUAGAGAGAGCCAAGAUUUUCAAAAUGUUCAUAAAUGACAAGCAUGGUCAAAUAAUAAUCAGGAAUAAAUGUCAGUUGGCUUUUCAUAGCCGAUCAUUAAGAGUUGAAAGCAGCAGGUCUGGGACAGGUAGGGGUUCCAUAACCUCAGGCAGAACAGUUGAAACUGGAACAGCAGCAAGGCCAGGUGGACUGGGGACAGCAAGGAGUCAUCAUGCCCGGUAGUCCUGACGUAUGCUCCUAGGGCUCAGGUUCUCCGAGAGAGAGAAAGAAAGAGAGAAGGAGAGAAUUAGAGAGAGCAUACUUAAAUUCACACAGGACACUGGAUAAGACAGGAGAAGUACUCCAGAUAUAAAAUAAUGUAUUUUCUUCUUAACGCAUUUGAGCCAAUCAGUUGUGUUGUGACAAUGUAUGGGUGGUAUACAGAAGACAGCCCUAUUUAGUAAAAGACCAAGUCCAUAUAAUGGCAAAUAAGUAAAGAGAAAUGACAGUCCAUCAUUACUUUAAGACAUGAAGGUCAGUCAAUACGGAACAUUUCAAGAACUUUGACAGUUUCUUCAAGUGCAGUAGCAAAAACCAUCAAGGCUAUGAUGAAACUUGCUCUCACGAGGACCACCACAGGAAAAGAAGACCCAGAGUUACCUCUGCUGCAGAGGAUAAGUUCAUUAGAGUUAACUGCACUUCAGAUUGCAGCCCAAAUAAAUGCUUCACAGAGUUCAAGUAACAGACACAUCUCAACAUCAACUCUUCAGAGGAGACUGUGUGAAUCAGGGCUUCAUGGUCGAACAGCUGCAAAGAAACACUACUAAAGGACACCAAUAAGAAGAAGAGAUUUGCUUGGGCAAAAAAACACGAGCAAUGGACAUUAGACCGGUGGAAAUCAAAUCAAAUGUAUUUAUUUAGAUAGCCCUUCGUACAUCAGCUGAUAUCUCAAAGUGCUGUACAGAAACCCAGCCUAAAACCCCGAACAGCAAGCAAUGCAGGUGUAGAAGCCCGGUGGCUAGGAAAAACUCACUAGAAAGGCCAAAACCUAGGAAGAAACCUAGAGAGGAACCAGGCUAUGAGGGGUGGCCAGUCCUCUUCUGGCUGUGCCGGGUGGAGAUUAUAACAGAACAUGGCCAAGAUGUUCAAAUGUUCAUAAAUGACCAGCAUGGUCAAAUAAUAAUAAUCACAGUAGUUAUCGAGGGUGCUGCAAGUCAGCACCUCAGGAGUAAAUGUCAGUUGGCUUUUUUAGCACGUCCGGUGAACAGGUCAGGGUUCCAUUCCGCAGGCAGAACAGUUGAAUCUGGAGCAGCAGCAAGGCCAGGUGGACUGGGGACAGCAAGGAGUCAACAUGCCAGGUAGUCCUGGCGCAUGGUCCUAGGGCUCAGGUCCUCCAAGAGAGAGAAAGAGAGAGAGAGAGAAGGAGAGAAUUAGAGAGAGCAUACUUAAAUUCAUACAGGACACCGGAUAAGACAGGAGAAGUGAUCCAGAUAUAACAAACUGACCCUAGCCCCCCGACACAUUAACUACUGCAGCAUAAAUACUGGAGGCUGAGACAGGAGGGGUCAGGAGACACUGUGGCCCGAUCCGAUGAUAAGAAGGAGAGCAAUGGAGUGCUGCAUCAGAUGACCAGGCCUCCACAAUCACCCAACUUCAACCCAAUUGAGAUGGUUUUGGAUGAGUUAGACCGCAGAGUGAAGGAAAAGCAGCCAACAAGUCCUCAGCAUAUGUGGGAACUCCUUCAAGACUGUUGGAAAAGCAUUCCAGAUGAAACUGGUUGAUGGAAUGCCAAUAGUGUGCAAUGCUGUCAUCAAGGCAAAGGGUUGCUACUUUGAAGAAUCUAAAAUAUAUGUCACGUCUACUCCCGCUCCCCCUCUCUGGCACUAGUUGUCGCCAGUUUACUCAUUAUUACGCACAACUGUCAUCGUUACGCUCACCUUCCUGAUUACCUCCCUAUAUCUGUCACUCCCUUUGGUUCUUUCCUCAGUCGUUAUUGACUCUGUUUAUAUGUUUCAUGUCUGUAUGCUACUCGUGUUUCUUGUUUCGUUCCAUGUUAGUUUAUUAACUAAAUUCACUCCUUGUACUUGCUUCCCGAUUAUUAGCGUACACGUUCUUAGCGUACACGUUAUAGAAUAACACCUCACCAAAGGGAAGCAACAGGGAUUUAUUUACAUUUUUUUACUGGUGACGUCGGGUCCAAGGGCAGCUGCCAAAGCAACCAGGGAUGCCUCAGCUGGCUCGUCAGGCUUCCAUGACAGCUGGCUCGACAGGUUCUCAAGCCUCGGUUGGCUCAUCAGGGUCCCGCUCCUCAGCCGGCUCUACAGGUUCCCGCGCCUCAGCCGGCUCUACAGGUUCCCGCGCCUCAGCUGGCUCUGCAGAUUCCCACGCCUCAGCUGGCUCUGCAGGUUCCCGCGCCUCAGCAGAAGCGAUCGGCCCGCUGCUGGUCCUUUGGACCGUCCCUCUGGUCGUCGUCCUGCGGCUGGACCCGCACGUCAGGGAGGGGGUACUGUCAUGUCUACUCCCGCUCCCCCUCUCUGCCGCUCGUUGUUGCCAGUUUACUCAUUAUUAUACAUACCUGUCAUCGUUAUGCUCACCUGGCCUCAUGAUACUCACCUGGACUCCAUCACCUUCCUGAUUACCUCCCCUAUAUGUGUCACUCCCUUUGGUUCUUUCCUCAGUCGUUAUUGACUCUGUUUAUAUGUUUCAUGUCUGUAUGCUACUCGUGUUUCUUGUUUUGUUCCAUGUUUGUUUAUUUAUUAAAUUCACUUCCUGUACUUGCUUCCCGUUUUAUUAGCGUACACAUCACAGUAUAAAAUAUAUUUUGAUUCGUUUAACACUUUUUUUGGUUACUACAUGAUUACAUGACUAUAUGAUAUGUGUUAUUUCAUAGUGUUGAUGUCUUCACUAUUAUUCAACAAUAUAGAAAAUAGUCAAAAUAAAGAAAAACCCUUGAAUGAGAAGGUGUGUCCAAACGUUUGACUGGUACUGUAUAUGAUAACGAUUAGUGUAUCAAGAGGCUGGACAGGCUUGGAGACGAGUGUAAAUUAAAUGUUCACAUUAUUUUUACCUAGUUUUUUUUUUUUUUAUGUACCUUGUGUUCAAUAAUAGUGCUCUAUCGAUCGAUAUGACAUCAUGUAAAUUGUAGAUAGCUCAGUCAGUCAUCUGUCCUGUUCAGUUAGAUCCAGGUUUUAGCCUGGAGAUCUAAGUCUCUCCUCUCCACCGCCACAUGCAUUAUUCUCUUUUCCGAUCAAGGGAAAACCACUUUAAAAUUAAUAGUUGCAAAAAAAUGUAAAAUGACAAUUUACUGUGGAGAGGUGUUGGAUGACUUCAGGUGUGUAGAGGACAGGGAGAAUCCAAACGUCCAGCGUUCUAUGACCAAUCAAUUGUGGAGAAAGAUAAACACAAGCACAAAAUCCCAUUUCUCAUCAGCCAAACUCUAUGCACUUUUAAAAUUAGGUUUUAAGCAUUGUUAGUCUACUUUCCAUUAAACCCCCGUCUUUUGGACUGCAGAAGUGUGCACUCCGGGCUUGAUUAGCCAUGUCAUGGAAUGCACUACCAAACCUCUUGAUUUCAGAUGAUUGGCUCAAGUUACUUCAACAAUGAUGUAUUUUAUUUCCAGAGUUUGAAGGGGAAAAGAGUGCUGACUGUGAUAUUAGGGACUUAAGUCUAGUCCCCUGAGUAGUCUCCACUUCUCACCUGUAGCCCUCUACCGUGGAACCUUACCUUACAAACUACCCUGUGCCAUUGAAAUGCCAACUCUCCCAAAUCAGCUAGAUUAAUACUGGUAUAAACCUUCUAAUGAUCUAUUAGUGUUACCAGGGCAACACAACAUGAAGCCUCUUCCAUAGAAAUAGGGAAUGCAAUGUCCUUUCAUUUGGCUAUCAAUUCUAAAUCUUGGGUAUGUUUCUGGUAACAUCCCAGCUCUGUUCCACCUUCAUUAAGUUGUUAGAGAAUAUAGGAGAGUCAGAGAGAGAAAUGUGAUGAUGAUGUCGCUGUAGCCACACAAACUCAUUAUACAUACAGUACAGUUAGAGCCAGUGAGAAAAAUACCAUAAACUAAAUAUACAUCUAUAAAUAAAGUCAAAUAUGUAUGUUUUCUAAUAUCUUAGAAAAUACUUUUGUAAGUAUGUUGAAAGUGAAGUAUUUGCUGGAUUCUGCUUCCUUGGACAACAGUGGUGAAAACAAUAAUGUACAGAGGAAUUUGUUUGUGUUGAUGAUAUAUUCAAAACAAUGUGGCUGUGCAAUUUAUGUACAUUUGCAACUAGACUUAUUAAAGUUUUAUUUAGCUAUUUUAA